UGACUGUAUUGUAAUAUAAAUAUAUAUAUAUAUUGACUCUUUUCUUAUAGAAUUUCAUGGAUGUAGAUUUAUCUGAACUUUGACCUCCAUGGAAACCUCUUCUAAAGGAUCUUUGGAUUAUUUGACGUUUUAAGCAUUUUUUGUUUUUCAUUAAACUCAGACCCCUCACCAGAGGGAGGGUGAUGGGGGGUCUCAUCCUCCCAGGUGCUCCACAUUCCCCGCGCGCGCGCUCUCCGCCCUCUCGGCGCUCAUUCGCUCCUGUCAGCGGCCCGGAUGUGGCGCACAGCAGCGCCCCGUCCCGUCCUCCGCUCGGCGAUGAUAACAUGGCGCUGGUGGACACAUAACGGCGCCCAUCCGCGUGAGCACCGCCGCAGCCGCAGAGCAGACUGAAACCGCGGGACAUGUGAGCGCGCCGACCGCCGGACGAGCAGGUUUGCCAGCGUUCUCCAGCAUGUUCGGCAAGAAGAAGAAACGGCUGGAGAUCUCCGCUCCCUCGAACUUCGAGCACCGCGUGCACACGGGCUUCGACCCGCGGGAGCAGAAGUUCACCGGACUGCCGCAGCAAUGGCAGAGCCUGCUGGCGGACACUGCCAACCGGCCCAAACCCAUGGUGGACCCCUCCUACAUCACCCCCAUCCAGCUGGCGCCCAUGAAGAUAUCUCCCAAGAAAGUCCGGUCGUCUGAAACGCCGUUUCGCAAAACCAUCGUCCGGGGCAACCGGCCGCCCAAGGACGCCUCCAUCAACGGCCUCCUGGAGGAGUUCGACAACAUCUCGGUGACGCGCUCCAACUCCCUGCGGAAGGAGAGUCCGCCCGGCCUCCAUCAGGCCGGGAUCGGCGCCAAGCCCCUGGGAGGGGGCCACGCCCCCGCCCCCGAGGAGAAUGGAUUCAACCACUACUACUCCCGCUACUCCUGUGACCUGGACACGGCCAGCCGGGACUUCUCGCUGGAUCCCGGGAAGCCCGGCUUCUCCGUGGACGGUGACUGGGCCGUGGGGCGCCACUACCGCUUCACCAAGCAGAAUGGCCACUCGCACCUCAUCCGCAGCCCCUUCUACCCGGACGCCAUGCCGCAGAAGUCGGACUACGGCAAGCUGCCGCCGGACUACCACACCUACCUGGAGAGCAAAGGCCGCUCGGCCGACGAGGUGGCGUCCACGGUGGGGAGUGGCGUGGGCUCCAGCGGCUACUACCGCGCCUCGGUGGGCGGCUCGUCCAGCCAGGACUACCGCGACACGUCGGUGGGCACGCCGUCCCGCGCCUCCCUCCACAGCGAGCAGAUCAACUACCCCGACAGCGAGUGGAGCUACGGCGGCCUGCGGGACGAGUACGACAAGCGGCCCAAGAGCUCCUACGUGACCCAGACCAGCCCCACGCCGGCCAUCCGGCAGAGGUCGCGCUCCGGCUCCGGCCUGCAGGAGCAAAUGGUGCCCUACGCCGCUGGGGGGGCCUUCAAGAACCCCCCCCAGGCUCACUCGUACAGCUCCUACACCUACCCCCGCCUCUCUGAGAGUCUGGCUAACGCUCAGGCCGCCGCCAAGGGCGACUAUGAGCGACCGCCUCGCAGCGACGUUCCCCCGGUCUGUGCAGGCGGGGACGCCGGCCCUCGAGGGCCUCUUAAGCUACCUCAGAGCCACGCCAAACCGCCCGGCUAUCCCCCGGUACACCUGCCCUACCCCCCCGUCUUUCAUCAUUACAAACCCUCCCCCUACCACCACCCCCCCUCCCAGCCCAGCCCACCGUACACCCCUCAGGGCGCCUACUCCCAGCCGUCGUCCCCCUACAUCCUCCCGGGGGCGUAUCCCCCGCCCUCGUGGGGCUCCAGUUCAGACACCCAACCCUCCAGAGUCUCCCACGAGCAGUUCAGAGCCGCCCUCCAGCUGGUGGUCAACCCAGGUGACCCGCGGGAAUACCUGGACAACUUCAUCAAGAUCGGCGAGGGCUCCACGGGCAUCGUGUGCAUCGCCAGCGAGAAGCACAGCGGCAAGCAGGUGGCGGUGAAGAAGAUGGACCUGAGGAAGCAGCAGAGGAGGGAGCUGCUCUUCAACGAGGUUGUGAUCAUGAGGGACUACCAUCAUGAAAACGUGGUGGACAUGUACAACAGUUACCUGGUGGGGGACGAGCUGUGGGUGGUCAUGGAGUUCCUGGAGGGAGGGGCUCUCACAGACAUUGUGACUCACACCAGGAUGAACGAGGAGCAGAUCGCCACCGUGUGCCUGUCGGUGCUGAGGGCGCUGUCCUACCUGCACACGCAGGGCGUCAUCCACCGCGACAUCAAGAGCGACUCCAUUCUGCUGACCAGCGACGGCCGGAUCAAGCUCUCCGACUUCGGCUUCUGCGCCCAAGUUUCCAAAGAAGUGCCCAAGAGGAAGUCUCUGGUGGGCACGCCCUACUGGAUGGCGCCCGAGGUCAUUUCCAGACUGCCGUAUGGCACGGAGGUGGACAUCUGGUCUCUGGGCAUCAUGGUGAUCGAGAUGGUGGACGGGGAGCCCCCCUACUUCAAUGAGCCCCCCCUGCAGGCCAUGAGGAGGAUACGAGACAACCUGCCCCCCCGGCUAAAAGAGUCACACAAGGUGUCGUCGGUGCUGCGCUCCUUCCUGGACAUGAUGCUGGUCCGGGAGCCAUCCCAGAGAGCCACGGCCCAGGAGCUCCUGCAGCACCCCUUCCUGAAGAUGUCCGGCCCCCCUUCCUGCAUCGUCCCCCUCAUGAGACACUACCGCCACCGCUGACCUGCGCCCGCCCACGUCCACUCCCCCCCGGGUGGCUCCGCCCCCAUCCAGCCAAGCGCCCCCUCAGCUCACCACCGUAACGUCACGUAGUUUAGCUAGAGGAGGAAACAUUGAAAAUGACGAUUUCUGUUUUUUACUAUAAACUGGACGCGUUUGGCGCCACAGAAACCCGGCGAGGGGGCGGGGCCGAGUCUUCUUCCUUCCCAGACGACGAGUCUUCAGCGAGCGAGACUCCUGGUAGCCAUCAGCCUUCCAAAGCUUCAGGGAGGCGUGGCCAGCGGAUGGUGCAGCAAACCACGCCUCCAAGGCGGAGCGGGGGAGGGGCAACAAUCAGCCUGGAGAGAGGCGGGGCUUUACCGUCUUCGGACCGGCUGCUGCUAAACUGACGAGCUCUCCUCUCUUCUCCAGACGUGUUUUAGAGGGACUUGUACAGUUUUGAUAACUCGCAGUAUUUUAUUGUGUCGUAACAAUUGUGAUAUGAGCAGUAUUAAUAGAGUUUCUGCAGAGAUUUUUCCUACCGUUUAUAAUCCGUUUUUUUGCUUAAAAAUAUGAACUAUUCCAAAUAAAUCCACCUAAACUCGAGUGUUGCUAAAAAUAAUAUAUUUAUGAACUCAUAUUUGUAGACAGAACUUCCAUUAAAUGUUGGGAAAAAAGGGUAACCUUCAAAUUUUGUACAAUAUUUGAAAGUAUUUAUUUAUUUAUUGAAAGGGAAGGUAUAUUUUUCUUUUCUUUUCGUCUGAUUUAAAGCCGUUUCUAUGUCCUCCGAGCAAUACCGCAAACCGGUUUCUAAAAUGGUCAAUGUAGCACAGACAAGAAGAGUUUGGCAAAAAAAAAUCUUCACUGAACAUUUCACAUUUUUUAUUGGCCUCCCUGUGUGAUUUAAAUGCUGGGGGGGGCCUUUCUACAAACUGCUGCCAUUCCCGGAAGCCCCGCCCCCUUGGUUCUGACCCCACCCCCUCACUGUGAUCUGUAAAUACGAGUGUGCGCGUGCCGGACCUGAGAGCAGCUGUGUGUUUGUGGUGAAUGGGUUUCACGUAAAUGUGGUUCUGGCUUGUACAUUGAAACUGCAUGUUUGUUCUCGGUGAAUCUGGUUUCAAUUAAAAAAACUCAAGGAAAAAAAGCGCUAACGUUUGGA